CGGCUGGGGGAGGGGUUCUGGGGCCGCCAGAGGAAGCACCCAGAACCACAGCGCAGACACACGGCCCGGAUCGGCCCGACGCCAGCCCGAUGGCGGAGGCUCCCAGCCACCCCGGCUCUGAGGAGCAGGAAGAGCUCCUGGCCGAGAAAGACUUGGGGCUCACCACUCAGUGGAGCGUGGAAGAUGAGGAAGAGGCUGCCCGGGAGCGGCGCCGUCGGGAGAGGGACAGCAAGCUGCGGGCCCAGGACAAGGACGGGGGCAGCCGGGCCCCCCAGCUGCCUGAGCAGGAGACCCUCCUCAGCCUGAAGCCCGCAGAGGCUCCGGAACCGGAUGAGGAUGAGGGUUUCAGCGACUGGUCCCAGAAGCCUGAGCAGCAGCAGCAGCAGCAGCAGCAGCACCGGGGGGCUGGGGAGGCCCCUUGGGGCGAGAAUCCAGAGGGCCCGCAAGAGGAAGAAGACAGGCAAGUGCCGGCCGACGUCUGCAGGCGGGGCUGCCAGACAGGGGCUCUCUCCGAGCCCCCGACCCGCGCCCAACUGAAUGACCUUCCGUGGGCCUUCCUCUACCUCCCCAGGCCCCACCAGCACACCUGCGGGAGCCAGGAUGGAGACGAGCAGAGCCCGGCCAGCGUCUGCCUGGAGGAGCUGCGUCUGAGCCCCAGCUCCGAGCUCCAGGCAAGGCCGGGAGCAGAGGAGACCCAGUCCAGGAGCCCGGAGGGGACUGUCCAGGGCAGCCUGGGGCCAGGAGACGCUGGAGAGACAGAAGAGCAGCACCACAAUAGCCAGCAGCCCAGGACACCCAGCCCCCUGGCCUUGGAGGACGCUACCGAACAGAGCUCACCUCCCCUGAGCCCCAGCACCAAACUCAUCGACAGAACCGAGUCCCUGAACCGCGCCAUCAAGAAGAGUAACAGCGUGAAGAAGUCCCAGGCAGCCCUGCCCAUCUCCAAGAUCGACGAGCGGCUGGAGCAGUACACUCAGGCCGUCGAGACCGCCGGCCGGGCCUCCAGGCUAGUGCGCCAGCCCUCCAUCGAGCUGCCCAGCAUGGCCGUGGCCAGCACCAAGAGCCGGUGGGAGACGGGAGAGGUGCAGGCCCAGUCCACGACCAAGGCCCCCUCCUGCAAGGAUAUUGUAGCUGGAGACAUGAGCAAGAAAAGCCUCUGGGAGCAGAAAGGAGGCUCCAAGACACCAUCAACAAUGAAGAGCACCCCAUCUGGAAAGAGGUACAAGUUCGUGGCCACUGGACACGGGAAGUAUGAGAAGGUGCUCGUGGACGAGGGCUCGGGGCCCUAGGCGGCCCUUCCUGGGGCAGGAAAGGGACUGUCACUGGUGAUUGACCCAAGGAGCCACCCGUCACAGAGGCCAAGGGUUCCCAAGGAAGGCCCAGGAUGGGCCGAGAGAGAGCACCUGCCGGGGGAUCUCCAGGUCAAGAGACAGCACCUCCUGCACCACACGCUCGGGCCCAGCCAGCCCCCAGCCCCUGCUUGCAGCCUCCUCCUCCCAGUGCAAUAAAGCCCUCGUGUGUGCCAGACGCUCAUUCUGUGUUCACUAACUGGGGGAGGGACAGUGUCAGCCCAGUCGCGGAGCCCUCCCCACCCACCCUGGACAGUGGUAGCACCCAGGCCUCCGGCCUCCAGGUUCCGACACCCUGUCCUGUCCCUGCCUUCGGCAGUGUUUGACUCUGGGAUCCGAGGUGUAUGGUGGCUUAAGUGCGGGGCUCAUGACGGUUGAGAUCCGGUCCUCCUCUCCCAGAGCACCUGUGAUGCUUCCCGCCUUGACUGGCCUGAUUAAACUUUACUGUGCUUGAAA